AGCAAUCACUUAUAAACAUACUCUUUAAAGGGUUUAAAGGCUUUCAGCUAGGUUUUACAAUAUCUUCACUAGCUAAAUUAACACACAAAGUUUUCAAUGAUGGUGACUCGUGCUUGUUCAAUCAUGGUUCUGUCUCGUUUUCUUAUUGUUCUCCUGGUGAUACUGCAGCUACACUUUGUGUGUACAACGGCAGCUCGACACGCACCGGUUGUUUCCUGGUCACCCCCUGAGCCACCUAAGGAUGAUUUUGUGUGGUACCACAAGAUCAACCGCUACAAGAACAUAGAACAAGACGCAUUCAGACCAACCCACCAAGGUCCUAGUCAAGGUAUCGGACACAAGAACCCUCCAGGUGCUCCUUGAAACACCUAUUCGGUUUGGAUUAAAUUUACAGCUUUAUCGCGCAGCGUUCGUCUGUUUUUCGAUCUCUGUUGUGUGUUGUCUUUACGUUGAUUAAAAGAAAAAGAAAAAAAAAAAAAAAGAAGAAGAAGAAGGGAAAGAAGUUGCAUAACAGUUUCUUGUGGAGAGGACAUGAACGUGAAUCGAUCAAUCGAUCAAGAAAAUGAUCUAAGAAUUUUUUUUUCUCCGAAGUGAUACUUCGUCCUUUAUGAAAGGCCAUGAAGACAUCUCUUGGAUUGCUUAUAGUUUUUCUUUUUUCUUUUUUUUUUCUGUUGUAUUUGUGUUUUUGGUUCAACGUUGAAACUGAGAUGUUCAUUCUUUUUCAUUAGAUGUAGUUUCUUUUUUCUCGGU